AUGGAUUGGACUUCUUUUAAAUCAAAGUUUGCUUAUCAGAUUUAUUUUUCUUAUACUCUUCCUGAUACUCAUGAAUAAAUGAUUGAAACUUUAUGUAAGGAUUAAUUUGAGACACCUUUACAUUAUAAAUAAUCAAAUAUCAGAUUUUAAGGAGCAUCAUUAAAAAAAUUAUUAAAAAAAGAUUCUAAUAUUAUUCAUGACCUAUAAAAUGUACAUGAUUUUGGUGAUCAAAUAUUGAGAAUGAAUUAGUAAUUAUUUUAUUUAUUUAAUUUAAGCUAAGAGAUAAAAAAAUAAGUUCCAUAUUUUUUAAUAUGA